AAUAAAAUGCAGCCUUUGUCAAGCCAGGGUUUAAUUUUCAGGGUUUUGCAGUUGCAGCUAUGACCAAGUAACCAGGCCACUGUUAUGCAAUGUUUUAGCAUAUCACAGAUAAACAUUUCAAUGUUUUUUAAUCACAGAAGUAAAAGAAAAGUAAGUAAAAGAGACUAGACUCACAAUUGCAGUUGCAUAAUCUGCUAUUGGAGCAAAGAUCGAGCCCAUUAAGCAUUAGGAUAUUGAACUUCAUUCACUCUGCAGUUAACUCCUCUCAGUCUGAUUUCAUUCUGUCUCUUGUGAGCAGAACUGGGGCAUCCAUCUUGUUAUUUAACAAAAACUAAAUAUCAAAAAGGCUUCUUAUAUCUGGCCUCUGCAGCAUUUAUAGAACCGUUUCCAUCAUAGCAACUCAGUUUGAUUUAAUAUUCAUUUAAAAAAUCUUGAAACUGUGGUCUUCUCCAUAUACUGUCUUCCCUGAUCCCAGCAAGUGUCACUUAUUGUUUCUUUGGGACACUUUAACUCACCAGUAUCCGAAGUGAAUCAAGGAAAUGGAUGAAACAAGUUAAGAGAGUUGGACACAGAUGAGAUGAUCUCAGCCUGUGCUCUGAUUAGCUCUGGUAAAAUUCAGAUUUUGAGAGACAGCAGAUAUUAAAGUGACUACAGAGUUAAGAUGGCUGCUGGGUGUUUCUCGGUUUGUUCAGCCGGUGCGCUCCUGCCUUCACUAAUCCAAGGAGAGCAAUUGAUGGCAUUAGUGGCUCUCUCCUGUCAAUGGAGCAGGGCGAGGCUCUGCGCAUGCUCCGUGAGGUUCUUUUAUGGGGAAGAGGCUCACGAGUGGUCCCUCCCUCCCCUCUUGUCUGACUCCGUCUGGGAAGGAAAGGUUUGGUGCAUCGGCGGAGACCGGGAGGCUGCCAGGACGCGAUCCGGAGUUGAGAGAUAGUUUGAUUCUUUACGUUUGUGGCCUCCCAAAGAUCAGCUGCGACCUUCAUCAUCAUCAUCACCACCCUCGUCGUUUCAACCAGCAGUAAUCCGCACAUCCCGUUGCAUUGAUAGCGGUCCACGGCGCAGCGCGAGACGAACCACCGGUGAAGAUGUCUGGCUAUCAGGGCAAGAAGAACAUCCCCCGCAUCACAAGUGACCGUCUCCUGAUCAAAGGAGCGAAGAUCGUCAAUGAUGACCAGUCCUUCUGUGCUGACAUCUAUAUGGAGGAUGGAGUCAUCAAACAAAUUGGGGAAAACCUCAUCGUGCCCGGCGGGGUGAAAACCAUUGACGCCCAUGGCCGCAUGUUGAUGCCGGGCGGCAUCGAUGUGCACACACGUUUCCAGAUGCCCGAUCGAGGCAUGACGUCUGCAGAUGACUUCUACCAGGGGACCAAGGCCGCACUGGCUGGAGGCACCACCAUGAUCAUUGACCAUGUGGUGCCUGAGCCCGGCAUCAGCCUCAUCUCAGCCUUCGAGCAGUGGCGCGAAUGGGCUGACAGCAAGUCCUGCUGCGACUACUCGCUGCACGUGGACAUCACUGAGUGGCACAAGGGCAUCCAGGAGGAGAUGGAGACUCUCGUGAAGGAUCACGGUGUCAACUCUUUCCUGGUCUACCUGGCUUACAAAGAUGUUUUCCAGCUCACUGAUGCUCAGGUGUACGAGGUGUUCAGUGUGAUCCGUGAUCUGGGAGCCAUCGCCCAGGUGCACGCUGAGAAUGGAGACAUUGUAGCUGAGGAGCAGCGCAGGAUUCUGGAGCAGGGCAUCACUGGGCCUGAAGGACAUGUGCUGAGCCAUCCUGAGGAGGUGGAGGCGGAGGCUGUAAACCGCUCUGUGACUGUGGCCAAUCAGACCAACUGCCCUCUGUACGUCACCAAGGUGAUGAGCAAAAGCGCUGCUGAUGUCAUCGCUCAGGCCAGGAAGAAGGGCACUGUGGUCUAUGGAGAGCCAAUCACGGCAAGCCUGGGAACAGACGGUUCACACUAUUGGAGCAAGAACUGGGCCAAAGCUGCGGCCUACGUCACCUCCCCUCCCCUGAGCCCCGACCCAACCACACCAGACUAUCUCAACUCUCUGCUGUCCUGUGGUGACCUGCAGGUGACAGGAAGUGCACACUGUCCCUUCAACACUGCCCAGCGUGCUGUGGGCAAAGAUGACUUCAGCUUGAUUCCUGAGGGUGUCAAUGGCACUGAGGAGAGGAUGUCCAUCAUCUGGGACAAGUGUGUGGUGACAGGUAAGAUGGAUGAGAACCAGUUUGUGGCAGUGACCAGCACCAACGCCGCCAAGAUCUUCAACCUGUACCCCCGCAAGGGUCGUAUCGCCGUGGGUUCUGAUGCUGAUCUGGUGCUGUGGGACCCAGACGUCACGAAGAUUAUCUCCGCCAAGAGCCACAACUCGACUGUGGAGUACAACAUCUUUGAAGGCACAGAGGUGCGCGGCGGGCCUCUGGUGGUGAUCAGCCAGGGCAAGAUCGUCUUGGAGGAGGGGAACCUUCACACCACUGAGGGCUCAGGACGCUAUGUGGCCCGUAAACCUUUCUCUGACUAUGUCUACAAGAGGAUAAAGGCUCGCAGCAGGCUGGCCGAGCUGAGGGGUGUCCCCAGAGGACUGUAUGACGGUCCGGUCUGCGAGGUGUCAGUCACCCCUAAAACCAUGACUCCUGCCUCCUCUGCUAAGACCUCACCUGCCAAGCAGCCUAACCAGCCUGUCCGUAACCUGCACCAGUCUGGAUUCAGUCUAUCUGGUGCUCAGAUUGACGACAACGUUCCUCGCCGGAACACCCAGCGCAUCGUGGCGCCCCCAGGUGGCAGGGCCAACAUCACCAGCCUGGGUUAGAGUGCCAAACCUCGGGCCGCUGAGGAGGAAACAAAGAUUUGAGGGAGGCCGGCCAACAGGAGCUGAUGGGUCGAGAAACAACAUCACGACACCGGGAGCCUCUCCCCUUCACAGUGCCUGAUUGGGCCGUCUGUCAGCCUCAAUCUGUCACUUCCUCCUCUGCCGCUUUUUCACAUACCCACUCUCCUCUUCCCUGAAACCUGAUCCUAGAGGACACAGCUAGAAACAAAAAAACAAAAAAAAAAGGUCUGCCUCAUGAUGGAAAAAAGAGAAAAAAAUGAAAACACUCUUUAUUUGACACUUUUGACAGCAUUAUUUCAUUUUUUUUAUACUGUACUUUCUCCCUGCCGUGUAUCCUUUUGUUGUUUUAAUAGAGAGGGUCGAGCGAGACUAAACUGAAUUAAUACAGUUAGGAAAAGACGAUCAUUUUCAUGCAGGAUGUCCAUUGUAUUUCCAUUCUUUCUUCUCAUUUUGGGAGUAGUAUAAAUGGAGCAUGGGUACAAAACCAGUAUUGUUAUUUUCUUAUUUUGGUUUUAAAUAGGCCACACAGUAGGUUGCUUGAAAUUUAACAGUCUCAUAGUUUAUUCAGCUGACAAGAAUCUAAUACUUCCCUCAAGCUGUCGACUAUCUGUGAUUUGUAUUAUGUCGCAUCUCAAUCGCUUCGCUUACCAGUGUACUGCCAUCUGUCACACACUGCUACGAUCGAUAUCUAAUUGAUUAUUUGCUACGAGGAUGGCCUUAAGAUUUGAAAAAUUGAGAAACACAGCAAUCUUUUAUUAGGAUUAUAGGCACUCACUGCUCUGGCUCUCAUCUCAUGUUUUCCCACCUGUGGCUUAGCUAAGGUACAGAAGUAAAAAAACAUAUUCUGUAUUUGGCAGCUGCCUUAGAGCUUAUGAGUUGGCGGGAGAAAAGUCUUGUGGAGCAGAGGAAGCUUUUGGCAGGUAGUAAAUAGAGCUUUAUGCCUCAUCUCUGAGCGUUAGGCCAUCGUUAAGUGGGAGGAUUGAAGGAAAGAUUUUGGGGAGGAAGGAGAAAGUUGUAUUCGCUGUCACGUCAAACUCAACCUUUCCUUUGCCUUACUGCUUCUUAAUGCCGUCCUUUUAGAGAACUUUUAGAAGUGCGGGGGGAAGGUGCCAUUCACUACGCAGCUACAUAUUUCCCAGUUUGUUUGCAUUCCUGUGAAUCAUAAAGGUCCAAAUUUUUUGCGAUUGACAAAUGUCGAAGCAUCUGAUAACCGUCCAUCACCAACCAGUGCAUUUACAUACAGAAUGUUUCUCCUCCUCCAAAUGUGACUGUUUUAUACUCAUCAAAAUCCCUCUUUCCUUUCUACUCUUUAUGUGCCUGAACCCACAGAAGUUGUACUGAUAGUUUGAUUUUUUUCUUCUUGUUUUGUUAUUCUUAUUGAAGUAAGUGAAGGAUGUAAGAUAAAAAGAUGUAAAAUAGCCAGGAUUAACCGAUUCAAAGGUGCCAGAUUUUGCGCUUUCAUAGGGCCUAUUCUGCCGGUAGAGCCCCUGUAAAGACAAAAAAUGCUCGAUAUCUUGAAAUGUUCUAAUGUUUUAGAGUUUUUAACUUGUUGUCAAACUGCUUUUUAGUGUCAUUCUGUAUUUAGGUGCCUAAGGGCUGAGCACUAUUGAUUUACGCUUGAAAGUAGACAUGAGCUAAUGUACUUCUGACUAGUGUGCAGUGUUGAUGUGCGAGGGAUGGGACACGCACAGCAGGCUCCUGUACAGCACUCUUUACUGUUGUGGACUUGAUGUCGCUACGGGCUAUGCUGAGCACUCAUACGUUCUUGUUCCAUUUUUUUUUUCCUUUUUUUCUUUUUUUUUUGCAUGAUCUGGCUUUCAUUAAGCCAAGCAACUGAUUUCCUGUGUUCCCGCUUAUGUCAACAAGGUCUUGGCCACCAGUCACCAUCUUUCUGCAGCUUUUUUCUUCCCCAUGACUCAACACGGAGCAACACGCUCAGCCUGGACACAACCAGGGGCCAGUUACGUAAAUAUAGAUUAAGACUAGUCUAAGCUUUAGACUGGGCUUAAAUUCCUCAGUUAGACGUCUGAUUAAGGCAUUAAUACCAACUUAUUUUCAGUGACCAGUUAACCAGCUGGUCAAAAGUUGUUGCUGUUGCAGCUUUAGCUUUAGUUAGCAAUUGGCCACAUCAAAUAGUGUGACGAGUCUUUGUGUUGUCCUUUGCUUUUUUUUUUUAACAUUUAGAGGUGACUCACUUGUAUAAACAUGUUUGUACCCGUGUGUGAAUGAUGUAACACACUAAUGAAAGGUUGAUCUAAAAAAAUUCAAUGUUUAAAGACCUUUGGGGACUUUUAAAAACAGUAACUGUCAAUUACAUGAGAUGAACCACACGUCAAAAGUCAAAUCUCCAAAGAAAUACUGAGGACGUGACUUCAGUGUCCUCAGGAGCUACAGCCCUGCCCACAACACAUUGUGCACUUGGCUAUUUGCUGUAAAUCAGUCUUAGCUCUCAGUGUCAAAGCUGGUCUGACUUAAUAUGAGAUUCAAGUCUGUCUUUAUGCAACUGGCCCCUAACUCACACUCUUACAUACAUAUAUAUACAAACUUACACCAUAUCUGUUUGUGCUUUCAACCCCACUUAUCCAGGCCUCCAUUCUGAUCUAACUGGAAGCCUAUAGAAGGCAAAGUCCGUCAGCGUUACGAAUGGUAUACGUAUUUAAAGAAUCCAAAGCAGGGGGAGAUUGUGACAAAUGCAUGUCUCUGAAGCAUUCAAAGAUGAGACAAGAUAGGAGUGGGAAAUGGAAACUCGAUCUCCUCGGCAACUCACACAUCACGCGACAAGGUUUCUGUAAGUCAGGAGUUGGGAAUUUUACCCCGUCUGACUAGGCUUUACUUCAUCCACUGUGGUCUGCUUUGUAGAUGCCAUAUUACUCACUGCAUCUACACUAUUUAGGCGGGAGUGUGAAUUGGUGAGGUGGGGUGAAGCCCUCAAACAAGGCAGCAAGCAUUGCUCAACUGAGAGUAAAACUAUGCCUCUUGUACUUGUGUAUUUUCCAUGUAACUCCUUCCUUUCAGUUUGUCUUUAUCUGUACUUCGCUUCCUUUCAUUCUCCCUUUUUUUUCCUCUCCCUCCCUCCCGCCCUCCCUCUCUCUCUCCCUGGCCCUUUUGUUGUUUCUGGCUGUUGCCGUGGUGACAGACCCCUCCACUCUCUCGGGGUUCUGCUUUUUGUUUGUCAUGGCAACGCUUGUCAGAUUGGAGGUUGCCAUUAGCAACCCGCACUGACCUGGUGCUAUUAGUACAGCUUACACACACAUACAUACACACACAUUUUUAUAAUUAGUCUGUGACAGCACUGCACCAUUUCUACAUAAUCCUGUGCUGAGUUGCGUGGAACCUAGAAUCCUCUACUGCUUAAAAAGAAUCUAUUAGAGUUGAAAGCACACUGCAGACUAUGGUAGUAACACACUCAACACACACAGUACACUAAGUCGCACACACACUCUAAACGGCAAACAGCCGUUGCUGUGAUGCAGCACCCAUGCCUGAAGAAUUGACUUGGAUAUUAAACACCAGCUGUCAACGCUGGCAUCCUCGCCGUGUCCCAUGCCUCCUCAGUUUACACACAUACACAAACACUAAAACACACACUUAUACUCCUGUAAUGCUCUGUCAGCUUGGAUGCUUUUUCUAUGCCAUAUUAUGCUAAUGAUAUAUGAGUGAUAUGUAUGUACACUAUGUGCUGCAGACUGAGAGGAGCUUCCGUCCGUUCUGAGGUUGUUGAUGCUGUUGAAACACCUUCUUGCCCCCUCCCCGAACCCAUUCAUCCCCCCUCUGUAAGCCUUUCCCCUUUGUGAAAGUGAAACUGUGUGAUGGUAUUCGUCUUGGUGGCUGUGGGGUUCCUGGGAUGCUUGCUCACUAUGGAAAAAGUGUCAAAUCCCAUGGAUGGUGAUGUAAAAAAAGAAAAAAAAGAAAAAACAAGGACUUCAAAGAAUUAAAAAAUAAGAAAAAAAGGA